AUGUUUUCCCAACAGCGCGAUUGUGCGCCGCUUAGGCGAAGGCUCUGGCGCAAGCAAUUGCGAUUAAUCCCAGGUGCUUCUGCUGGUCCAGCUUGGCAGGAGAGCCUCGGCGCAGCGCAUUUCAUUCAUGAUUUGUUGCGCCGACUCGUGGUCAUUGAGUGCGGUGCUCUCCAAUUGGGAGAGAUCAUUUUCUCAUCUCUGUCUGACCAAUUGAAUCUGCCUGGGAAUCCCUUCCUCUGCGCGCCGAUCACUGAAAAUGUGUCCAAAGAGUGGAUCACGCCAGGUCAAUCGCAGCCAGGUGAUUGCUGUGCUCGCGUCGUCUCGCUCUGGUGCCUGAGAUUGGCGCGCCUGUGCUCUCUGUCGCACACCCAAACCCACUCACCCAGCGUCACACCUGUACUCUCCAGCUCACCUCAGCAUCAGACUUAUCAUCGCUAUGAGGAGUACGUGAAUCAUUCCAUGCAUCCGGCGUCCGCGGGCUCGCCACUGCCGCAGAGCAACUCCUCGCCACAGAUGCUGUCCAUGUCCUCGCUGUCCGCGGGUCACGGCAUGCUGCCGCCGCAGAGUCCGUCGCUGAGCCAGCAGCAGGGCGCCAUGAUCAUGUCGUCGGGCUCGCCGCUGAUGGCGCAGUAUCCGGCCUAUCAGGAGAUCCUGCCGUCCACGGUCCUGCCGACGCCCGGCGGCCAGGAGGACGCCUCCAGCUGGAGCUACCAGCUGCAGGGCUCCAACUACCAGGGCGACUACUGCGCGUCCGGCUACGGCGUCCUGCAGCGACAGUCUUACGGAACCAAAGUGACAACGGGCGGACCUCUCAAGGGGACGAAGGAGGCGCGCAUCCGGCGCCCCAUGAACGCCUUCAUGGUGUGGGCCAAAGUGGAGCGGAAGAAGCUGGCGGACGAGAAUCCCGAUCUCCACAACGCAGAUCUCAGUAAAAUGCUAGGGAAGAAGUGGAGAUCACUGACGCCGCAAGAUCGUCGGCCAUAUGUGGAGGAGGCUGAGCGACUGAGAGUCAUUCACAUGGCUGAGCAUCCCAACUACAAAUAUCGCCCGCGUCGGCGGAAACACACGAAGGCGCGCAGCGGUCCGGCGGGGAGUCAGCAGAGCGCCAAUUCGGGAUCGAGUGGCGCGGCGCAGACCGCGCACAAUGGGGCCGCGGGGGGCGGUGGGAGCGUGGCGGGCUCGGGCGCUGUCAGCGGCGCUGACAUCUAUGACGGGGACUCGAACAGGAUCAGCCCGUACACGGGCAGCCAGUACGGGCUGUACUACAGCAACAGCAAUGCUCUGCACACGCCCGAGUCCAGUCCCACGCAGAGUCCGGAGCCGCGCGGCGGCCGGUCCAAGUGCAGCGACAUCAAGAUCGAGGACGUGUCGUCGCUGCCGACGCCCGAGAUGAGUCCGCUGGAGCUGGAGAAGGAGGGCUACGGGGCGGAGAAGAAGGGCCACGGCUACGUGGACUACGGCCAGGGUCAGGUGAAGGGGGACAAGGUGGCGCCAUCUGCGUUCGGCGCGUACGAGAACGAGGAUCUGGUGAAGCGGGAGUUCAUGGGCGGCGCGUACGAGAUGGCGGACAAGUCCAAGUACGAGUUCACGCCGCCGGACAAGAAGUACCAAUACGAGUCGGUGGCCAAUGCGGGCGUGCUGGAGAAGAGGUCCAGCUCGUAUUUGGGCGCCACCAGUGCCUCCGCGACGACAAUCGUGGCCGGGAAGGGGAUGUACGUGACGUGCACGAAUCGCGGUCUGCUGGAUCAGGGACACGUGGUGAGAGGAACCUACUACCCACCGCUGGCGACAUCGCAGGAUCACCAGAACUUGGGAACGCCGACAGCAACGACCUCCACGGCGGUGCUGAACUAUGCCAAUCACGUGGCCGGGCAGUCGAAGGCGCAGAACCAUCAGAACCACAACGGACACAACGGACUCACGCCGGGCGCCAUUGAUGCGUACUACCAGACGUCGGCGCUGCCAGCGUCGUACUCCUACUCGGCGGCGUACAAGGAGUACUACCAGUCGCACGCCCUGCUGCCGCCGCUGCUGCAGGAGGACCCGGAUGGACGGAAGGAGUUCGACAAGUACCUGCCGUCCAUCGACAGCAACCACAACAGCUACAGCGACUAUGACUCGUACCACCAUGGCAGCCCGACCUCCUUCCCACCGGCAUCGGCGGCGCCCAUGGCGGCCUCCGCGGCCGCGCCGCAGCUCCACAUCCACCAAGACUACUACCAGCAUCAGCAAUUCCACGGCACAGCGCACCAGACGCCGGCCACGGUCGCCGGGACGCCGGGAACGCCGACCGGCACGGUGGCCAAGGUGGACGCGAUGAUCGGAGGCAGUCUUCCGCCUGGAUACACCACGCUGGUGAACGUUGGCGCUCCUGGGGAGCAAAUGCCGAUCACUGAUGACUUUAGCAACAUUCUCGCCGGAGUCCGCAAGACUUGCUACAGCAACUGACCUUCACAGGGAGCGCCGGAAGUGAUAAAGUAAGUGCGAGAGGAAGAUUUGGGGGAGGCUUUCAAGAAGAACACAGUGUUCUGGGCGGAGCAUAAGAAUGGGCGGGGCUUAAGGAGAUUUCCGUAAUAUCAUUUGCCGUUGCAUUUCUUAAGGGAAACACUGUGAUUCUGUUUUUCUGAAAUUAUACUUUUCUCCAGUAUUUUUCUAAUCAAACACUUUAUCAUUCUGACCUCUGAUCAAUUUAUUUUGAAGGUCAAAUAUGAGAAAUUAUAUAGUGAAACUUGCCAACUUUUGACGAAAUAGUAGAGAAUAUUUUGAAAAAUUAUAUAUACUUUCCUUCUUAGUUAGUCCUAAAUACUCACGACCCUGAUCUAAGAGAUCCAAAUCCACUACAAUGAGUUUUGCUUUAGAACCUUUAAUGGCGUUAUUUCUUCUGGGAACAGCAAAUGUUGUUUCUCGCAAAGUUUGUAAAUACAAGAUAUAUAAACUCUUUACUCAGCAGGCAAAGUGCAAAUUAUAACGUUGAAAGACAAGAUGUGAAGAAAAAAAAAGAACAAAAUUGAAAUUAAUGAUCAAUUGAAGUGCUUCCAAGUGUAUUAAAUUUUUUUUCUUUUAUUAAUCUUUUAUUAGGCAUUAUUCUGAAGUCGUACGUCAAGUGCACUUGUUGAAAGAAGCAAAUGUAAGAAUGUUUUAAGCUUUUUUAUAUAUAUAUUAAUUCCUCUAUUGGAAUUUUUGUAUUUAUAUUUAUUAACUUUUAAAUGUGCUGUAAAUUUACACUUUUCUGUAAAUAUGUUUUUAUAUCACGUAUAUAGGCGAAACAUUGAGAAAAUAUUUAAUAAGUAAAUGAAUGGUUAAAUACAGUAAGGACACUUAUUAGAUAAAAAGGAUAAAAAUAUGCCUUCUUUGAAUACUGAAUAGAAACCAAAGGUUUUUCCAACUCUUCACCCAGUAAAAUCUGCAAUUUUCCAACAUUCUCUAGGACGAUAAUGUUUAUUUUUUCAAUUUAUUUGUAUUUUGUGUAAUGUAGCAUCAAUUUUUAUACAGUUUUAUUAGAUGACAAGAAAACAAGAGCAUUUUUUUUUGAUUAUGUUUUAAAUAAUUGUAAGACAAGUUUGAAGGAUGACGAGCAAAGGUGAAGUAAAAUUUGACUAUGAAUGUGUUUUUUCUUUGUGGAAAAUGUGUUUUUUUUCCACAACACUUGAUUUAUAUUUUAGUUUCUAUUGUAGGUUCUUUGUUAACACUGAUGCAAAGGGCAAAUUUAUAACUAGAAUGUAGAGAGAAAUCAGAAAUUUGAGGAAAGAAAGUUUAGUAAUUGAUGUAAAAAUAAAUUGAAAUAAUUUGAGUA